AUGGAGAGACAUUUCAAUGAUUCCUUUAUUCGUAAAAUUCGUAAUGGGUUUCCUUUAAUUGUUAAGAUUGAUUUUCAAGGAAUCAUAUCAUCUGAAGGUUCAGAAUAUGAUGAUGAUGACUCAAAUCAAAUUAAAGAUCGAAAAAGACGCAUAUAUUCAUCAGGAUCAGAAAAUCAUCAUGGAGAGAUUCAGAAUUGUGAAGAAGAAGAGGAAAUUCGACAAAGCAGCAAGAAGAAGAUGCAAAAGAAGAAGAUGAGAAAAACUGAACCAUGA